UAUAAAUAAAAGUGUGAAAUGUCUUAUCUUAUCUUGUAGGACCCAGUUUAUAAGUGGAAACACGAAUAUAUUGUACGAGUUCAGCUAUUUUCUUACCUACAGGUGUAUAUCAAUGGCGUACACUCACGAAGUACUGAGCAUCGUGCUGGUAUGUUUUGUGGGUUAUGCGGUCAGUGCAGGCACUACCAGAGGAACUACGGUAUACCAUGAACCAUCCAUAUCCGCCGGCAUACGGUUCGGCUAUGAUGCUGUCCUGCACUAUCUCAUUGCUCAAACGUCCGGCACGUGCUUUAUGGCUCCACUGAACCACGACGAAAUGGACCAUAUUCAUACAACUAGAGGACUAGAAGAUCUUGAGAUAAAAAUGGUGCGAGAAUGGAUUGGACAAUUCGCAGAAACCAGAAUUUACCAUGGCGAUCCAAAUCUACCAGAAGAUACCAGGAAAAUGUGUUCAAACAGAGAUAUCUUUCUUCUACAGAGAGACGUCGAUACAUCGUCCCCUCUGUCCCCUCUUGCGACUGCACAACCAUGAUCACUGACGAAAUAUUGUUUAUGUAAUAGACUAAGUCCGUCAAAUGGAAAAUAAAAAUAUUAAAAAAUGAAACAAUGUAUAU